AUGAUGAAGAUGCAGAGAGAGGCUGUCAAAAAAUAUGCCAUUGCACAAGGUAGGAACUUAAACAUUGAUAUUAAUGAUAAGAAGAAAUGUCAAAGGGUAGGAGUUAGAUGUGUUGAAGGAUGUCCAUUUAGGAUAUAUGGUUGGGAACAUAGUAUUGUCCAGACCCCUUCAGCUGAGAUUGUUGAUCUUGUGAGAGAGAAAUUCAAAAUAAUAAUUAGUCGGGAUUUUGCAUACAAGGUGAAGUUAAAUGCACACAAAAAGCUUCACAGAUCAAUGAAAGAGCAUUAUACCAAAGUGAUGAACUACUUUGCAGCAUUGAAGCAAAGUGGUCCAACAGUCAUUUUACAAUUUAAUGUUUUAUCUCUGGAUCGAUGCUUCAUAAAGACAUUCUUAGGUGGCAUGUUACUUUCAGUUGUUGGUAGAGAUCCUAAUAGACAGAUGUACCCAUUGGCUUGGGCAAUAGUAGAAGGUGAAAACAAGGAAUCAAGGAAAUGGUUCGUUUCUGAACUGAAGAAGUGUGUACCAAGUACUGAUGGUGGUGGGUGGACCAUCAUUUCUGAUGAACACAAGAGUAUUAUUAGGGCAGUUCAAAUGGAAUUGCCACAAGCUGAACACAGGCAUUGUGGAAGGCAUAAUAAUGCAAAUUGGAGCAAGGUAUUCAAAGGACAAGAAAUGAAGCUACUAUUUUAG